AUGUCAUCCAUAUCUACUGCUUUCAAAGUUGAAGACAUCUUCGGAGUCAAGGGGAAGAUAGUAGUAGUCACUGGAGGAGGAACAGGAUUGGGUAAAGCUAUCACCGCUGGAUUCGCCAACAACGGUGCGAAAGUAUAUAUCACAGGAAGGAGAAAGGAGGUAUUGGAAUCGACUGCUAAAGAGAUCGGAGGUGAUAUCGUCGCUAUCCAAGGGGACGUAUCUACGAAAGAAGGUUGUAAGGCUAUUGCAGAUGCCAUCAAAGCCAAGGAGUCCAAGAUUGACAUAUUGAUUAAUUGUGCUGGUGUGAUGAGAGGUUGGAAAUCUAGUAUUAGCAAUCACGAUGAUCCCGACCAAGUUGCAGAUCUCUUAUGGGAAGGUCACGAUGAUGAUGAUUUCAACUAUUCCAAUUCAAGUGUUUACUUCAUCACUGCCGCUCUUGUUCCUCUUCUCAGACAAUCGGACUUCCCCAGUGUCACCGUCAUAGCUUCCAUUGCAGGUCUUGCUAAUCAGAGAGCUAUGGGAACCGUGUCUUAUGGUGUCACCAAAGCUGCAGCUAUUCAUCUCGGUAAAUUACUUGCUGGAAGACUUCAUCCGAUGAAGAUUCGAGUCAACACCAUCUGUCCAGGGAUCUUCCCCUCCGAGAUGACCGGUAAAUCAGAGACAGGUGAAGGACACGAGUACAACCUUGCCGAAGGAGCUUCUAAAGCCGCCAAGAGAUCUACUGCUGGUCGACCAGGUCUUCCCGAGGAGAUCGUCGGACCGGUCUUGCUCUUGAGUUCUCGAGCUGGAGGUUACAUGGAUGGUGCGCUGUUGACCGUUGAUGGAGGUAGAUUGAUGGGUGCCGGUAUCAACGACGGAUUGAGACUAGCUGAGGAUACAUACAUUUGA